AUGUCACAAACUUUACCAUUAUAUUCUAAAAAAACAUUAGAAGCUCAUACAAAUGAAAAUGAUGUUUGGGUUUCCCUUUAUAACAGAAAAAUAUAUAACGUUACUUCAUUUUUAGAAGAACAUCCAGGUGGUGGUGAUUUAAUCUUGGAUUAUGCCGGUAAAGAUAUUACAGAUAUUUUAGCUGAUGAAAUUAGUCAUGAACAUAGUGAAACAACUUAUGAAAUCUUGGAUGAAAAUUAUCUUAUUGGUUAUUUAGCUACUGAAGAAGAAGAAGAAGAAUUAUUAGCAAAUCCAAAACAUGAUGUUGAAGUUAAAAUUGAUAAUUUACAUUCUGUUAAUUAUGAUUCAACAAAAUUAGAUGGUUUACCAGAAUAUGAAAAAUUAAAUAUUAUUACUGAUUUUAGUCAUGAUUAUAAAAAUCAUAAAUUCUUGGAUCUUAAUCAACCUUUAUUAUUACAAGUUUUAUUUGGUGGAUUUACAAAAGAUUUUUAUUUAGAUCAAGUUCAUAGACCAAGACAUUAUGGGAAAGGUUCUGCUCCAUUAUUUGGUAAUUUCUUAGAACCAUUAUCAUUAACACCAUGGUGGGUUGUUCCAACAAUUUGGAUCCCUGUUGAUUUAUUUAUUUUUGGCGUUGGAUUUAUGAAUCAAAAUGCAUUUUUAUCAAUUUUCCUUUUCGGGUUGGGGUUAUUUGUUUGGACAUUAAUUGAAUAUGGUUUACAUAGAUUUUUAUUCCAUUUAGAUCAUUAUUUACCAGAUCAUUCAAUUGCUUUUACAAUUCAUUUCUUAUUACAUGGUGUUCAUCAUUAUUUACCAAUGGAUCGUUAUAGAUUAGUUAUGCCACCAACUUUAUUCAUUGCAUUAGCUUAUCCUUUUUAUAAAUUAGUUUUCGGAAUUUUACCAUUUUAUAUGGCAUGUUCAGGUUUUGCAGGUGGGUUUUUAGGUUAUAUCAUGUAUGAUUGUACUCAUUAUAUUUUACAUCAUGCAAAAUUACCAAGUUAUUUACAACAAUUGAAAAAAUAUCAUUUAGAACAUCAUUAUAAAAAUUAUGAAUUAGGUUUUGGUGUUACAGGUUGGCAUUGGGAUAAAGUAUUUGGUACAUUUUUAGAAGUUGGUAAUAAUGCUCAAAAAAUGCAAUAA